AUGAAGGAUCUAGUCAAUGAUGUACUUAACGCUACUAUCGAGAACCAAGAUGACCUCGACGAUAUAUUUGAUAUCUGGGGUAUAGAUCCUCUUUGGCAUGAAGAUGAUGAGAAUGGCAAUGACCGAGUGAUCACUUGGGUUGGGUUCUGGAGAUAUCCUGAAACCAAGCAAAUGCAGAACGGGUCUAUCAAUUUCGACGGAGAGACACUUUUACCUCAAGGUCUUUAUAUGAAGUUCGAUAUCACAGGUCGAGACAGUUCUAACUGGGGUUUAAUCGGUAUUCUCUACGGUGACGAAUACUAUUCAUCCAUCGAAGAAUUCAGAUCAGCCACUCAAGAUUCCAGCUUCACAAGAUAUACUCCUAAUAUGCCUGGCGAUUGGGUUGGAACUGAUAAAACCGGAAAAUCCCUUCCUCUCGAAACCGAAGCUCCUCCUAUGAGCGUUCAACCCGGAGGUCAAAGAUUCAAAGUAGACGAGGAUAACAAAUACGUUGAAUGGAUGGAUUUCACCUUCUACCUUACCUUUACCCGAGAUACCGGUAUGAGAUUGUAUGACAUCAAAUACAAGGGUAAACGAAUCAUCUACGAGCUCGGAUUACAAGAAGCUAUUGCUCAUUACGCUGGUAACGACCCCGUACAAUCUGGUACAUCUUACAUGGAUACUUACUAUGGUUUCGGUCCAUACGCGUUCAGUCAGAUUCCAAACUAUGAUAUGCCCCUCUACGCGUAUUGCAUGAACACUACUUUCCACGCUUCUGAGCUAUCCAAGUCUCAUCGAUGUGGUAUUUCCAUCUUCGAACACGACUUGAAUCAUCCAAUCCAACGACAUUCCACUCAGUCAUAUGUAUCAGUCACCAAGGGUAUUGCUUUGACUGUACGAAGUAUCUCCACCGUUGGAAACUAUGAUUAUAACUUUGAUUAUAAUUUCUACCUCGACGGAACAAUCGAGACCGUAGUCCGAGCUUCCGGUUAUAUUCAAUCCGCCUAUUACGCCAAGAACGAAGAGUACGGCUACCAAAUUCAUGACGGACUUUCUGGAUCAAUGCAUGACCAUGCGCUCAACUACAAAGUCGACUUUGAUAUUCUUGGUGAGAAGAACACACUUGUCAAACAUGUAAUAGAGCCUAUUGAAAAGAAAUAUAAGUGGAACAACCAAACUCGAAACACCAUGCACAUGGUAAGAAAAGAGGUAACAUCGGAAGAUGAAGGAAAGAUGAACUGGUCUGCCAAUGCUCAAGAACAAGUUAUCGUAGUCAACAAAGACCAGUUGAACAAGUACGGUGAACCCAGAGGUUACAAAAUCAUGCCUAGUAGAGGAGGUGCUGGUAUGCACUUAACCAUCACCAAUUCUAGUAAUUUACUCAACUCAGCAGGUUUCGCUACCCACGCUUACUACGUUACCAAGCAAAAAGAUUCCGAAUUGAGAGCUUCAAACGCAUGGAACGAUUAUGACACUGCUAGACCUUUGGUUGACUUCGACAAAUUCUUUGACGGAGAAAACCUUGUGCAAGAAGAUUUAGUUAUGUGGUUCAACUUAGGAAUGCACCACGUUCCUCAUACGGGUGAUAUUCCCAACACCGUCUUCUCUACCGCUCAAGGAGGUAUGAUUAUCACACCUCACAAUUAUCUCCUCAGCGAUCCUUCCAGACAGUCCUCCCAGCAAAUAAGGAUUGAUUACGACGAUGACGCAGUCAGCGAUGUAUAUACCUUUGGCAGCGAAGCGGCCAGUGGUCAGGUCGAUCUUGCCCAGGUAUCUUGGGAUCCAUACACCUAUUCAGGUGAUGUGGCUGUUAGGAAGUUCCCCUAUGAUCCUCAAAACCCCUUCGAGGAUACUGAAUCGAUCGUUUAA